UUCAGACCACCCUUCAACGAAAAUACCAUCCCACAUCCUUCGAUUCAUCCGGUCAAGUGGUCCUGGCGCCGCUCCACCGUUGGAUCAAAAAUCGACGGUCGAGUCACCGGAUCCCCUUCCCUCACAGCUCUCUUCCUCCUCCGUAGCACCGCAGUUGCCACCGAUCUCCACCGCCACCUCGUAUCCACUGGAGAUCGACGUGUCGGAGACAGAAAUCUGAGGUUCGGUUACUCCGAUCCCUGCGCCAAAGGAUCAUUCUUGUCGCUGCUUUGGGGUUUGUUUUCCCGACUGGAUCUGCGGCACCUCGUUCACAUCGUCAAAAUAUCGUAGCAGAAAUGUUAGAUUAGUUGCUUUCUUCUGUUCGUCAAUCAAGUCCUUACCUUCCUGGGCGUUUACUUUACGUCAAACGGGAUCAUUUUUAGGAGAAAUUUUCAGGUUCCUUUGCUAAUAAAGUGUUGAUAAAUUCUAGUUUGUUAGGGUUUUGUUGAUGGGAAUCGGAUUUUUCUUUCUCAUUUUAAUUUGGGAGUGAACGGACGAUGAGGGGAAGAAGCGUCGAUUCCUCUGGGACGAGAAAGUGGAAGCUUUCUCAUGCUCUGUUGGCGAUUGGAUCAAUCUACUUGAUCUUCAUCUCGUUCAAGUUCCACCAUUUUCUGGAGAUUGCUAAUGCGUUGAGUGGGGACGAUAGCUUCUCUGGGCUCGACCGGCCGGUCAAUGACCUUACCUACGCCCAUCUACAGCUUGUUGGACACAGAAACCCCGUUUUGCUCCACCAUGAUACCUUCCACCGGAAACUGGAGGACAGCAGGAAUCUCCCUCCCGGCCAAGAAAAGGAGCAGUCUUCCCAUCGAUCUGCAAUGAUAACGCUGCUCCGGUCUCGGUUUGGCUACAAAUACAAAUCAUCCGGCAACCUGACGCAGUUGGAGGAGAUGGUCAAUGAGGCAUGGGUGCUAGGCGAGAAGGCUUGGGAUGACGUGGAGAGUUAUGAUCCCAAAAGCAGCAUGGAUCGAUUGCCUGUUGGGGAAGAAAAACCUGAGUCUUGCCCAUCUUCACUGUCAAAGAGUUCAGCUGAGAUGGACAUUGAUAGUGAUGGGGACCUCCUGGUCUUUCUUCCCUGUGGUUUAGCUGUAGGUUCUUCGAUCACAGUUGUAGGCAAGCCUAAUGAAGCACAUAAGGAAUAUGUCCCUCAAUUGGCAAGGAUGAGGCAGGGGGAUGGUAUUGUCUGGGUCUCGCAGUUUAUGGUGGAACUGCAGGGACUGAGGGUGGUGGAUGGUGAGGACCCGCCGAAGAUCCUUCAUUUGAAUCCCAGAGUCAUGGGCGAUUGGAGCAAGAAGCCUAUUCUCGAGCUCAACUCGUGUUAUCGGAUGCAAUGGGGUACAUCAAUCAGGUGCGAUGGUUUACCUUCACGGGAUGAAGAUGACACAGUUGAUGGAUUCAGAAAAUGUGAAAAGUGGGCUCGGAGUGAUAUGAUAGAUUCUAAAGAAUCACGAAGUACUUCUUGGCUUAGUAGGUUUAUAGGCCGUGCGAAGAAGCCAGAAAUGACAUGGUCUUUUCCUUUUGUUGAAGGCCGGCUGUUUGUCUUAACUAUACAAGCUGGUGUUGAAGGAUAUCAUGUUUAUGUCGGGGGAAGACAUAUAGCUUCAUUCUCAUAUCGACCGGGCUUCACUCUUGAAGAUGCAACUGGCUUAGCAAUAAAAGGAGAUGUUAAUGUACACUCUGUAUAUGUCACUUCGCUUCCACCAUCUCAUCCUAGUUUUUCACCUGAUCGUGUUCUUGAAAUGUCAGAGAAUUGGAGAUCCCCUCCUUUGCCCGAUAGGUCAAUAGAUCUUUUUGUUGGAAUUAUUUCUGCUUCAAAUCAUUUUGCUGAACGCAUGGCAGUUAGAAAAACUUGGUUCCAAUCACCUCAAAUAAAAUCAUCUAGUGUGGUGGCUCGCUUCUUUGUUGCUCUGAACCCGAGGAAGGAGGUUAAUGCCAUGCUGAAGAAAGAAGCAGAAUUUUUUGGGGAUAUUGUAAUCUUGCCAUUUAUGGAUCAUUAUGAAUUGGUGGUUCUCAAGACAUUGGCGAUAUGUGAUUAUGGUGUUCAUAAUGUGACGACUCCAUUCAUUAUGAAGUGCGAUGAUGACUCUUUUGUACGGCUAGAUACUGUCUUAAAUGAAAUUAAGAGGCUCGAUACCAAAGGACCAUUGUACAUGGGGAACCUAAAUCUCUUGCAUAGACCACUCAGGAAUGGGAAGUGGGCUGUGACAUUCGAGGAAUGGCCCGAGUUUAUAUACCCCCCAUAUGCAAAUGGACCUGGUUAUAUAAUUUCGAGAGAUAUAGCAAGCUUCGUUAAUUCUCACCACGCCAAUCAAAGUCUAAGGCUAUUCAAGAUGGAAGAUGUAAGCAUGGGAAUGUGGGUCGAACAGUUCAAUGCCUCGAGCACGGUACAUUACUCCCAUAGUUGGAAGUUUUGUCAAUAUGGAUGCAUAGAGAACUACUAUACCGCACACUAUCAAUCUCCGAGACAAAUGCUUUGCCUUUGGGACAAGCUGGCGAGCGGGCGAGCCCAGUGUUGUAAUUUUAGAUGACAAUUUUGGCAAGUUGUUUCUACUGUUCCCUCCAAAAUUUUUCCGCACUCUUUGUGAUCAACUAAGCAAAGUUGGAUUACUAGUUAGAGCAUCAUUAUCAUCUAGUUCCCCCUUCUUUCGAGGGAUUUGUUAUGUGAAUGUAUAUGUUUCCUUUUUAAUUCUAUUUUACUUUGUCCAACAUCAAUAACUUGGCAAUUUUAAGAUGCAAAAGAUGUUGAAUAAUGGUUAGUUGUGAUGAUUUUGGUGA